UUCUUUUGAAAAAGAUGCAAUCAAUCCAUCAGUUCAAUCAGCAACUAUCAUUAUUUGAUUUAUUUACAAUUUGUUACAGAUUACGUUGUAUUUCUUUAAAUUUUUACCAUAAUAUGAAAUCCAAAUGAAAUAAGGUUCAUCGCUGUUGUGCUUCUCCUUAAAUAAUCAAAAAUGGCUGAACGAAAAGCAGUUAAUAAAUAUUAUCCACCAGACUGGACACCCUCUAAAGGAUCCAUCAACAAAUUUCGGGGGACACAUGCCUUACGUGAAAGAGCUCGAAAAUUGCACCUGGGCAUUCUUAUCAUUAGGUUUGAAAUGCCUUACAAUAUUUGGUGCAAUGGCUGUGAGAAUCACAUUGGAAUGGGUGUACGGUAUAAUGCUGAAAAAACUAAAGUUGGGAUGUACUAUUCUACACCGAUUUAUAAGUUUAGGAUGAAAUGUCAUCUGUGCCCUAAUCAUUUUGAAAUUCAAACAGAUCCUCAAAACUUGGAUUAUGUGAUAUUAGAAGGAGCUAGACGCCAAGAAAGAAGAUGGGAUCCUACUCAAAAUGAACAAAUUGUUCCUGAAGAUAAGGAUGUGAGUAAAAAGUUAAUGACAGAUAGCAUGUUUUCCUUGGAACAUGGCGUGAAAGAUAAAGAAAAGCAAAAAAGUGUUGCACCAACCAUUUCAGAACUUGAGGAAUAUAAAGAAAAAUGGAAGGAUGAUUAUCUUUUGAACAAAGCACUCCGCCAACAAUUUAGGGAACGUAAAAAGGAGCAAAUGAACACUGAUGCAAAAGACAAUGCUAUUAGACAGAAGUCCUCUUUAGAAAUCAAACUUUUGCCUGAGACAGAUGAAGACAGAAAGUUAGCAAGCCUGUUGAAAUUUACACCUUUGCAAACUCUUGAAGAAAGACAGAAAUUGAGAAGAACGGAAAUGAUUUCAAGUCCAAUUUUUCCACAAUCUAAAGAAGCGUAUGGCUUAUCAAAUUUAAUCCGAGAAGCAAAAGUACAAUCUCUGCUGAAACCUUUAAAAAAAACUGAGUUGGGGAUCACUGUCAAAAGCAAAAUCUCGCAGAAUGAACUAUCAUCUACCAAUGUUUCCCAAAGUUCAAAAAAUUCCAUGGAUAAUGCACCUUCUUUGGUUGCUCUGGAUUAUGAUUCAUCUGACUCUAAUAGCUGAACAAUUGCUUAUAGUAUAUGCAUCAUGUACAUAUUUUUAAAAAACGUUAAAAUUUAUUUAUGUCCAUUAUUUUAAGUUAUGGGUGACUAAUGUAAAAAUAGUGUAUCCUAUACUGUGUUAUUAUUAAACAAUAAUGUGUUGGCUGUUGCAA